GGGAGGUUCUGCAGCCCGCAGAGUCCUGCAAAAUAAACAGCAAAACCAAAGGAGAGCAGCUCUGAUGCACCAUCUGAACCCUCCAAGCAGUCCUGGGGAAGAAGACUUGCAAACCCUGCAGUGAAAUACAGCACCUGUGAAACAAUGGAUGUUGAAGAGCGGACUUAUGGUGGUUGUGAAGGCCCAGAUGCUAUGCAUGUGAAGCUGAUCUCUUCAGAUGGCCAUGAGUUUAUUGUGAAGAGAGAGCAUGCUUUGACCUCUGGCACCAUCAAGGCUAUGCUGAGUGGACCUGGUCAGUUUGCUGAAAAUGAAACCAACGAGGUGAACUUCCGGGAGAUCCCGUCUCAUGUUCUCUCCAAAGUCUGCAUGUAUUUUACUUAUAAAGUGCGCUUCACCAACAGCUCGACAGAGAUCCCAGAGUUCCCCAUUGCUCCUGAGAUUGCCCUGGAAUUGCUAAUGGCUGCAAACUUUCUAGACUGUUAAAUAGGAAGGGUGAAUGUGUUAUAUUGUGACUGACCAUUUAUUUGCCAUCAUAUAUUUCUUAUGAUUUAUGAGUGUGUAUUUAUGAAUGUUUAGUAUUUUUGGUUCCACUGAGGUUUUGUUUGUUUGUUUUUUGUUAUGUUGUUAUUUCAAAUGGCUAGAUGAUUUGUGUUAUGUGUGCAGCGUUUUAAAUGUCUUACAAUCGUUUUGUAUUUGAAAGUUUUUUGCUGUUCUCCUAGUGUCAUUCGCACUAGAAAAUAAAAUGGAUAAUCCAAAUAUAUAAUUGUCA